CUCCCGAUCUCCGACCACCGACCAGAUCGCCGGCGACGAUGGCCACCGAGAGCUACCCGGCUCAGGCUCCGGCUCCGGCCAUGCCUCCCGCGGCGGGAGACCGCGCCGGCGGCGGCGGCGGCGGCAGGGCGGCGCGGGCGGCGCUGCUCCCGCCUCCGCGCAGGGGGCAGAUCAAGGAGCAGAUCAUCAAGGACAUCGUCGCCGCGUUCUCCGGCGUCAUCGCCGGCCGCGGCCGCAACGACAGGAACGGCGGCGGCGGCGUUCCUGUCUCCGACGACACCGACAACUGAACUAGAAGCUGAAGCCAUCCGCUCCUCCAAUUUCUGCUGCUACUAUGGGCUCCUUUUAUGCUCGCAGCAGAAUUUUUCAGGAGCAAAGUUAAAAUAAUUACGAAGAGCUCUUAUAAUCAGUUAAAAUCUCUUGUUGAUCUCUUCCUCUCGCCCCUGUCUUGGUUGGAUUAGCUGCCAUAUUAGAGUAAGCACUAAUCCAUCCAUACUUCUCGUUGAUUUCGUGUGGUUAAGUCGUCUUAGCCUUUCAGGUUCAGGAGGUUGUUAAGGUUUUUAAGUAAGAACCUCCUGUAGCUUACUUGCUUGUUAAGGUUGUUAAUGUUGUCUUCUAGUUCUUGGCUUGGUGUCUUUUGGUGUUUAUGUUUGAUUGUAUAAGUUGUUUUCUUAGAUAAUGGAUUGUAUAAGUUGUUGGAUGGAUCAGCAAGUAUUAGGCCUGGUCAUUCCUUCCUUGUGUACUACCUCCCAUGUACUAUGUUUGGUUUUCUACUUGUCAAUUCAGUUAAGCAUUUGUGUGUAAACUGUGUUAGAACUCUGCUUUUUGAUGUUGUGGAA